UUCUGAGUGCUGUUGACUAAUUGCCUUCCCGCUACUCUAUCAGUUCAAAUUAGGGACGGCUCUGCGUGUAGCUUUGCGCGAAAAUUUUAAAACAAACCUCUGUUACUGUAACUUUCUACGACUUAUAAGUUGACCACGCCGAAUAUUUCGGUUCUCUCUCUCUCUGUGUAAUUAAUACUGUUCCACUUUUCCUGUUAUAGUCAAAUAGUGAGUGACAUUAUACGAAAUACUUCGUUUGGAUCAAAUGCAGGAAUAUUUUCAGUAUCAAAUUUAGAAUUCUGACUUUUAGGUCCAAUAAAAGGAAAGACUAGAACAAUGCUCAAAAACCAUUUCCAACCAUGUCAUUGCUAUUGAAUUCCUUAGUUACAGCCAUGUGUAUGAUGGAGCAAAAGCAGAGUUGGAAUUACUACUUCAGUAACGAUACCAAAAAAUCAUGGAUGACAACUACUAAUCAGUCAUAUUCCCAAAUGGAAGACCAAUCUGAUUCUGAAGACAGUGAUUCUUGGAUUACAACUAGCAACCAUUCUCUUUACCAGGCGGGUUCUGAUGAAAGUGAAUCUUGGAUGACGAGUAAUAACCUAUUCUUUCCUCACAUGGAAGACCAGACCGAUUCUGAAGACAGAGAAUCGUGGGUAACAACUUCUAACCUAUCUCUUAAUCAGAGUGUAGACCAAGGGUGUUUGAACUCAUACUCAGGUUCUGAAAAUAAUCAAUCAUGGCCUACAGCUACUAACACAACACAUUGCCAAAUUCACGGUCAAAAGGUUUUAAAAUCUUGCCACGAUGCAAAGGAUAUAGAAUCGUGGAUAGUUGCGACUAGCGCUGCCAUUCGUAAAAUGGAAGAAAGGUGUCAUAACAAAAUCAGAAGUCAUCAGCCGAGCUGCUCAGAGACACCUUUCAUUGAAACCAGACUUUCUAUGUCAUGUCCUGCAAAACUUCUAAACUGGAAAGACAGACUCAAAUCAGAUCCAUUUAUAGAAGAGAAGUUUAAAUUGAAAUCUUUUGUAGCACUCAGGACAUUCUCAGAUUCUAGACAAAAUCAUCAGCAACCAUCAGAUACAUUUCAGACAUCAUCUGAUCCCCUAUCCAAACGUGGAGUGUCUAAUCAAGCUUCGUUUUUGGACGAUAUUAUGUAUAUUGAUGAUAGCACCAGAAGUUCCGUUUCUACUGGUCACGUAGAUUCAUGGUCUCUACCCCCGAUUUCCACCCCACGUCGUUUCUCAAUGAUAGCAGACGAAAUUUCAAAUUCCUUGAAACCCCACAAGUCCACAUUUUCUAAAAAUGAAAGAUUAUUUCAGGACUGCGUGUUCCCAAAAAGCUCUCCAAAAGAAAAGAUUACUAUGACUUGCUUGAAGAUGACACCUCCGAAAGACCCAAGAGUGAUAUACAGCUUCCACUAAAACUGGUUAAUGAGCCUUCACAAUGGGAUUUUGAUGGCCAAAGUGUGUAUUCAUUACAUAUGGAAAAAGAUUUCAGGUAUUAUUUUCAGCACCCCUAUGCCCGUCUCUUUGUUUCUUAUUUCAUUAUAUUUUGUAACUUUCUCAUCUUUGCCGAAGAUCCAGUCUCGCACAGUCACACGGAAAGCGAGAUCCCUGUAGUGGGAAAUGUUUUCUCUUUCGUUGCAACAAAAUACCCUCCCGAGUGGACCUGGUGUCUAGUGAAAGUAGUAUUAUGGUUAUUUGCCAUUUUUAUCGGCCUUGAAUUUGGAAAGCAUCUUAUCCACCACUGUCUGUUACGAAAUAUCUUUAGACUGAAAAUGUUCCGGGAGGAACAGGGGUCGUGGAUGAUCAUGUUUCUGACUGUCAUCAUCUUUGUUUACAUCUUCUCUCUGGUUUACAACGCCUUCCUAAUCUCGAGCUAUCCUAAUCCCGAACCAUACACGAUCACGGGAAUGAUGGGGAUCACGAACGUGAAUUUCAUGAAAGCUGCGGCGUGUGGUACUUGGCUAGGAGAUUUCGUUACUGCUUGGAUGGUUACAGACAUGAUGCUUCAAGAUAACCUAUAUGUUGACUGGGCCAAGCCAGCCAGGACAUUUUGGAGAUCUCAUGACCGGAUUCGUAUCUUCAUCUUCUGGGCAGGAUCGUCUAUCAUGACGGCUUUAGUAGUAACAUUAAUAGUUAGUGACUGGAUCACAUGGGACCGUCUGAACAAGGAUUUUGUGGCCACCACCGAGUUGUCCCGUGCUUUUCUGGCCUCCUUUAUCCUUGUUAUGGAUCUUUUUAUAGUGAUGCAGGACUGGGACUUCCCACACUUUGUCUGUGAUCUGGAUAUAAAGCUUCCCGGCAUGCACGUGGCAUCUUUUAAGUACCGGAUGUUUCAGAAGUAUGUCAGCAUCUCAGAUGUGGUCUUUCACAUUACCGGAAAGUGGUUUAACUAUGGAAUCAUUGUGUUUGUCAUGAUCCUUGAUCUAAAUAUGUGGAAGAAUCAGAUUUUCUACUCGCCUGAAGUUUAUGGUCAAUAUAUAGGACCCACUAACAAAGUAUAUACUGUAGAUGAUCAGGGAAUUCUAAAAACAGGUAAUGCAACUUUGUGGACCUACGAAGUGAGAUCGACUACCAUCAAUCCGGAGACCAAUAGGACGUACGUGGAGGACGACAUGCUGAUGAAUUCUCGUUAUCUUAAUUACCCACUCUCUAUGAAGGGUAUGGCUUUCAUUCCUUCACUUCUUGGGUUCGUUAUGUUCGGCACUCUCACUUAUCUUUGUGGUCGUUUCCCGCCAAAAACCGAUGCGACAGCAGGAGGAAGACUCAAGAAAAGGAGCAGCUGGCGACGCGAGCGAGGCAGCAGUCGCAGAAGGCACGCCCUCUAUCAUAUUAGAAUAUCAGACUUAAAGAAACUUAAACUGAAAAAAAAAUAGAGCGAUCAAAAGACCUCCCACAGACGUGGUGGUUUCGUGGAAUGAAACUGUUGGUACGUCAACGAGUUGUAACCGAUAAUUAAGAUUUCGGUUGAUAUUCUAAAAAUGGCGGCACAAUGGAGCAUUUAUAAUGUAUAUUAUAGGUUUCUA